CUGGCUGCUAUGGCCGCUCCUCCCAAGCGCGGACGGCUGGAGGCCAGGAUCAAGAAGAUCGCGGUCGAGGGCAACAUCGCUGCAGGGAAAUCAACUUUUGUGGAGAUUCUCAAACAAGCUGAUGAGGAAUGGGAAGUUGUACCUGAGCCUGUAGCGAGAUGGUGCAAUGUUCAGCCCAACUCUGAAGAGGAUUGUGAGGAGCUGACCACAUCACAGAAGAGUGGAGGAAAUGUGCUUCGGAUGAUGUAUGAGAAGCCAGAGAGGUGGUCAUUCACUUUCCAGACAUAUGCGUGCCUGAGCAGGAUCCGGGCUCAGCUUAGAUCCCUCGAUGGCAAGCUCAGGGAGGCAGAGAAUCCUGUCGUCUUCUUCGAGCGAUCUGUCUACAGUGACAGGUACAUCUUUGCAGCUAAUUUAUACGAGUCCGAUUGCAUGAAUGAAACUGAGUGGGCUAUUUACCAAGACUGGCACAACUGGAUGAAUCAGCAGUUUGGUCAGAGGCUGGCACUGGAUGGCAUCAUUUAUCUCAGAGCCACUCCUGAGAAAUGCUUAAAUAGGAUUUACUUGCGUGGAAGAGAUGAAGAGCAAGAAAUUCCCAUAGAAUAUCUGGAGAAGCUUCACCACAAACAUGAAAGUUGGCUUCAGCAUAGGACACUGCGAACAGAUUUUGAGUAUCUCCAGGAAAUACCCAUUUUAAUGUUAGAUGUUAACGAAGACUUCAAAAGCAAAAAGGACAGAUAUGAUCACAUGACUGAAAAGGUCAAAGAAUUUUUGAGCAAGUUAUAAUCGUCUUUGAAGCACAGGCAGAGUCAAGCUAUUCCAAACAUCUGCACGAUCAAAGUCUGAAGUGCAGCCUGUGCUUUUAUAGAAGGCCUCUGGAGAGGCAGGACUCAAUCCUGUUGAUUUAAUUAUGAGGAACAAACAAGCUUUGUGAAUAGGAAAUUAUUAAAUAUAUCACUGUUUUAGUGAAGGUCUGUUCAGUUUUAUAUGGAAAACACACACAAGAUCUGAAGAUACUCUAAUUCCAAGAGUUCCCAAAUAUCCCCAAAUGAGUUCCCAGUACCUGUUUAAUGUUCAAGAAGUAGUGGUUUUUUAGAUCUCUUGACUGUUUUCAGUGGAAUUGACUGGUAGUGGAUGUCUCAUUGUUCUGAGGAAGGAAAAAUUAAACCCCAUUUUUGCUGCUGAGGGAAUUGUAACACAACCUGGAGUUUUAUAUUAUAAGGUAUAAAAAAAUGUCAUCUGACAGUUUUGAUAGAUGAAGUUCUGCAUAGAAUGCAUUGAAAUAAACCAAAUCCAAAUAUGGCUGAAAUGCUGUAGGUAUUGAAUGAGGUUUUGGUUGUGCACUGCAAAUGAGGAUAUUGAGAGGCUUUCCAUUGUCCAGCAUAUUUGGUGUCUUCCCCCUCCCCACCCCAAACUCUUAAUACAACACAGAUGCUUUUGAUAUAGCUAAGUCAUCUUCUUCUCGGGAGGAGUAUAUUUGCUUGAUGGGUACUGUAAAAGGAAGAACCUUUUGCAAAGGGCCUCCAUCUGUAAAUUACGUGUUUCUAACCCUUCCCUUAAUUGUAUUUUGGAUGUCAGACGUGGCUUCCUGCUUUUCUCCCAGCUUCUCUAUUUGUUCACUGGGCUUUCUGGGUGUUUACAUGAGAUCUGGCAAUACUGGCAGUAGGCUGUCCUUGUUGUUUCUCAUACCUGAGUAGUAAGAAGGGGAGACCUUUGUGGAGUAGCUGCUGCUCUAGUGCAUCGUGUUUUAUUGACUGAACCAUUUUUGUUUCAGGUGCAGAAAAGACAAGCUAUACAGGGUGCACAUCUCACUACAGUGUUUUAUGAGCUGCUUUCUUCUGCUUAAAACAUUUCUGAAUGAUUGCACAGUUGGGUUUUGAAUGCCAGAGUUUAUUGUAAAGCAUUU